CAGCUGAGAAUUUCAGUUUCGUUUCUCUCUUCUGCUGUCAGCGAUGGCGUCUUCUGAUCUGAGACAGGAGCUAGACUGUUCCAUCUGUCUGAGCAUUUAUACAGAUCCUGUAAACCUGAGAUGUGGACACAACUUCUGCCGGGUCUGUAUUGAUCGUGUGUUGGAUACACAGGGGGGGUCUGGAGGUUAUUCCUGUCCUGAGUGCAGAGAAGAGUUCCGGGAUCGACCUGUACUGCAGAGGAACAUAACACUACGUAACAUAGUGGAGACUUUCCGAUCUACUCAGCCAGAUAAGAAGGAGACUGGAAUCUUCUGUACUUACUGUAUUCACUCUCCUGUACCGGCUGUUAAAUCCUGUCUGAUGUGUGAAGCUUCUCUAUGUAAUGAUCACCUGAGAGUCCACAGCAAGUCACCAGAACAUGUCCUAACUGAUCCCACCACUUCCAUGGAGAACAGAAAAUGCUCCAUCCAUAAGAAGAUCCUGGAGUAUUACUGCACUGAGGACUCUGCCUGUAUCUGUGUGUCCUGCAGUUUGGCCGGAGAACACCGGGGACACAAGGUGGAGACUUUGGAUGAGGCCUCUGAGAAUAAAAAACAGAAACUGAGAAAGGUUCUGCAGAAACUGAUUGCUAAAAGAAAGAAGAUUGAGAAAAGAGUCCGGAGUCUGCAGAAACGUAAGGGAAGAGUACAAGAAAGAGCAGCUGGUGAACGAGAGAGAGUCACUGCCCUGUUCAUAGAGCUCAGGAGACAUCUGGAGGACCUGGAGAAGAGAGUCCGGAGGAACAUCUCCAGCCAGGAAGAGCGGAUCUCCCUCUCAUUGUCUGAUUUGAUUGAUCAGCUGGAAAUAAAGAAGGAGGAUCUGUCCAGGAAGAUGGAGGACAUUGAGGAGCUGUGUAACAUGACUGACCCACUGACUGUCCUACAGGAAUCAGACACAGGGGACUUGUGUGAUACUGAGGAGGGAGAUAAUGAGGACAGAGAGAGACAUGAUAGACUCCUCCAUGAUGGAGGGGAUCUGGAUGUGUCUGGAAUCUCACACACAUUACACACAGGGUUAUCUGAUAUGAUAAAAGAGGUAAAUGUAUUCUUCAAUAUACAGGAAGCUUCAGACAUAUUACUGGAUGUGAAUACAGCUCAUAAUAAGCUAAAGAUAUCAGAUGACAUGAAAACUGUAUCCUUGUCAGAUAUAUGGCAGAAUCGUCCCGAAACACCGGAGAGAUUUCAGGAUUAUAGUAAUGUAUUAAGCAGCAGGAGAUUUUCCUCGGGGCGACAUUACUGGGAAGUGGAUGUCAGUAAAUCAGAGUGGUGGUUUGUCGGGAUGUGUUAUCCCAGUAUAGAGAGGAGAGGAAAGGAGUCAGUUAUUGGAAAUGAUAAGAAGUCCUGGUGUUUGUACAGAUAUAAUAAUCAGUAUUUCAUAAUACAUGACAAUAAAGAGAUCAGAAUAUCUCCCAAUCUUUCCAGAAACAGAGUCAGGAUCUCUCUGAAUUAUGAGGCCGGGCAGAUCUUCUUUUAUGAUCUGUGUGACCCGAUCAGACACCUCCAUACCAUCACCACCACCUUCACUGAGCCCCUCCAUGCUGGGUUAGGUGUGGAGGAUGGUCAUGUGACUAUAUCUGGGGGAGGGGGGCUGUGAGGAAUUAUAAUACAGCAGGAAAUCUGCCCAGAAUCUGCUGACAAUACAGAAAUCUAAAUCUCGUUCCCAACACCAAAUUCUUGGCACUAACAGAUCUCAGCAUUGGGGAGUGUAUGGUGAUCACUUCCAGUACUCAGUAAUAUGAAUGAGAGUUUUCUGGGGCUUAUUUCAUUUUCAGGGAUUAGAACGAGGAAAUAAAGAUAAAGGGUUAAGUGUUAACUAUUUGAUUGAAAUGUGUUAAAAUGUAUCCAAAUCCAAACACAAAAAUCUCAUACAGUGUAGUUUAUCAGUCCUUACAUGUGGUGGCUGCAUUUGUUUUCCUUUUAAUGACUUUUUCCUUUUCAUUACUUAAUUAUCACCUGGUAAUCCUGCCAGGAACACACUCCCUGUCCUACGGUGACAACUCUCACUCUCUGCACUGUAUCUAUAGAGAUGAAAUGUUGUCACUCUAGGAAGAGUUAGGACUACUUAACAUCUUCAUGUCCUAAAACAUGGGGGAGUUGUUCUGUAGUUCACAGGUGAACAGAGGCACUCCUGGUAUUGAUCACAGCAUAUGAGACAAUGUGAAAGGAGUGUGUCCUCCCCAUGGGGCGCUGACCACCAGCAGAUACAAAUGUAACGACCACUGACCGCACUUCCCUAUGAUGUGUGUUAUGGAUUGUUUUAGCUCUGUCAUAUUUCCUGUAUACUUUUAUACCGGUUCUGUAAGGCUUCUUUCACACUGAGGCGCUUCACAGGCGCUAUAGCGCUAAAAAUAACGCCUGUAAAGCGCUUCUCCUGU